AAUCAGCGGGCGGUCAUGGCAGUCGGCUCACUCACCAUCAAUGAGGAGCGUUCGGAAGUGGUGGACUUCUCUGUGCCCUUUGUGGAGACGGGAAUCAGUGUCAUGGUUUCAAGAAGCAAUGGCACCGUGUCCCCUUCUGCUUUUCUAGAACCAUUCAGCGCCUCCGUCUGGGUGAUGAUGUUUGUGAUGCUGCUCAUCGUGUCCGCCAUCGCUGUGUUUGUCUUUGAAUACUUCAGUCCUGUUGGAUACAACAGGAACUUAGCCAAAGGGAAAGCACCCCACGGGCCUUCUUUUACGAUUGGAAAAGCUAUAUGGCUCCUUUGGGGCCUGGUGUUCAACAACUCCGUGCCUGUCCAGAAUCCUAAAGGCACCACCAGCAAGAUCAUGGUGUCCGUGUGGGCCUUCUUUGCCGUCAUAUUUCUGGCCAGCUACACAGCCAAUCUGGCUGCCUUCAUGAUCCAGGAGGAAUUUGUGGACCAAGUGACGGGCCUCAGUGACAAAAAGUUUCAGAGACCUCACGACUAUUCCCCACCUUUUCGAUUUGGCACGGUGCCCAAUGGCAGUACGGAAAGAAACAUUCGGAAUAACUACCCCUACAUGCAUCAGUACAUGACCAAAUUCAAUCAGAAGGGAGUAGAGGACGCCUUGGUCAGCUUGAAAACAGGGAAACUGGACGCUUUCAUCUACGAUGCGGCGGUCUUGAAUUACAAGGCUGGGCGGGAUGAAGGCUGCAAGCUGGUGACCAUCGGGAGUGGGUACAUCUUUGCUACCACUGGUUAUGGAAUUGCCCUCCAGAAGGGCUCACCUUGGAAGAGGCAGAUAGACCUGGCCCUGCUCCAGUUUGUGGGUGAUGGUGAGAUGGAGGAGCUGGAGACGCUGUGGCUCACAGGGAUCUGCCACCACGAGAAGAACGAGGUGAUGAGCAGUCAGCUGGACAUCGACAACAUGGCAGGCGUGUUCUACAUGCUGGCGGCCGCCAUGGCCCUCAGCCUCAUCACCUUCAUCUGGGAGCACCUCUUCUACUGGAAGCUGCGCUUCUGUUUCACGGGCGUUUGCUCUGACCGGCCGGGGCUGCUCUUCUCCAUCAGCAGGGGCAUUUACAGCUGCAUUCACGGAGUGCACAUUGAAGAAAAAAAGAAGUCUCCAGACUUCAACCUGACCGGCUCACAGAGCAACAUGUUAAAAUUCCUUCGGUCAGCCAAAAACAUGUCCAACAUGAACUCCUCAAGAAUGGAUUCUCCCAAAAGAGCUGCCGACCUUAUCCAAAGAGGUUCCCUGAUCAUGGACAUGGUUUCAGACAAGGGAAACUUGAUAUAUUCAGACAACAGGUCCUUUCAGGGGAAAGACAGCAUUUUUGGGGACAACAUGAAUGAACUCCAAACAUUUGUGGCCAACAGGCACAAGGACAACCUCAAUAACUAUGUGUUCCAGGGUCAGCACCCUCUGACUCUCAACGAAUCUAACCCUAACACGGUGGAGGUGGCCGUGAGCACAGAAUCCAAAGGGAACUCCAGGCCCCGGCAGCUUUGGAAGAAAUCCAUGGACUCUCUACGCCAAGAUUCAAUGACCCAGAACCCAGUCUCCCAGAGGGAGGAGGGAACAUUGGAGAAUAGGACCCACUCCCUAAAGAGCCCCAGGUACCUUCCAGAAGAGGUGGCCCACUCAGACAUUUCAGAGACUUCGAGUCGGGCCACGUGUCACAGGGAACCUGACAACAAUAAGAGCCACAAGACCAAGGACAACUUCAAAAGGUCAAUGGCCUCCAAGUAUCCCAAGGACUGCAGCGAGGUCGAGCGCUCAUACUUGAAAACCAAAGCGAGCUCCCCCAGGGACAAGAUUUACACCAUUGAUGGUGAGAAGGAGCCCAGUUUCCACCUAGAUCCCCCCCAGUUUGUUGAAAACAUGGCCCUCCCCGAGAACAUGGACUUCCCAGAUGCCUACCAGGACCACAGUGAGAACUUUCGCAAGGGGGACUCCACGCUGCCCAUGAACAGGAACCCUCUGCACAAUGAAGAUGGGCUUCCCAACAAUGAACAGUAUAAGCUCUACUCCAAGCACUUCACCUUGAAGGACAAGAGUUCCCCUCUCAGCGAGGGCAGCGACCGCUACAGGCAGAACUCCACACACUGCAGGAGCUGCCUUUCCAACCUGCCCACCUAUUCAGGCCAUUUCACCAUGAGGUCACCGUUCAAGUGUGAUGCCUGCCUACGGAUGGGGAACCUCUACGACAUUGAUGAAGACCAGAUGCUUCAGGAGACAGCGAAUCCAGCCACCCAGGAGGAGGUCUACCAGCAGGACUGGGCACAGAACAACGCCCUCCAGUUCCAAAAGAACAAGCUAAGGAUUAGCCGUCAGCAUUCCUAUGAUAACAUCCUCGACAAGCCUAGGGAGAUAGACCUUAGCAGGCCCUCUCGGAGCAUAAGCCUCAAGGACAGGGAACGGCUUCUGGAGGGAAAUUUGUACGGGAGUCUUGUCAGUGUCCCCUCCAGCAAACUCUUGGGGAACAAAAGCUCCCUCUUCCCCCAGGGUCUGGAGGAGGGCAAGCGGAGCAAGUCUCUCUUGCCAGACCACACCUCCAAUAACCCUUUCCUCCACUCCUAUGGGGAUGACCAACGCUUAGUCAUUGGGAGAUGCCCCUCGGACUCCUAUAAACACUCGUUGCCAUCCCAGACAAUGAAUGACAGCUAUCUUCGAUCCUCCUUGAGGUCAACGGCAUCGUACUGUUCCAGGGACAGUAGAGGCCACAACGAUGUGUAUAUUUCCGAGCAUGUUAUGCCUUAUGCUGCAAAUAAGAAUAAUACGUACUCUACCCCCAGGGUUUUGAAUUCCUGCAGCAAUAGACGUGUGUACAAGAAAAUGCCUAGUAUUGAAUCUGAUGUUUAAAACCUUCCAUUAAUGUUUUAUCAAUAGGGAAACAUAUGUAAUGGCCAACAUUCUGGAGGGAAAAUGUUGGAUGUCCAAUAGUGCCCUGCAAAGAGGAAGAGGAUUUAGGAAGGUAUUUUUUGUUGUUGUUGUUGGUUCUUUUGCACAUGGCUCCAUGCCAUAGUCUUCCACUCAAGGAAUCUUGUGAGGUGUGUGCUGAGAAUGGCAGAUACCAGAUAGAUGAGUCCUUAACCAAAAAUAAUAAAUCAAAGGGCAAGUCUCCUGGACAUGCCCACUAGGUAUGUUGGCAAUAAUGAUGCCUUGGAUGCCAGAAGUGAUGUUGUGAUUUCCUAUAUUCCAAAUUCCAUUAAGCCAGUCCACCAUGCAAUUUUCUCAUCAUAAACACCUAAUGGUUUCUCUAAUACAGAAUAAGCAAUAUGGUAUGCAUGUAAAUCCGACACAGACCAAAUAAAACAGUUAAGAAUGCAUCUGCAUUGUAGCGAGAUUGACAUGUGCAAGAGAUUAGGAAGUUUGGCUUUGUAACCAUUUCAGCUUUUUUGUCAUGCCUUCCAUCACAGUCCAGGCCCAAACCCAGAACUCCAGGCUCCCCCAAAGAAUAGCAAAUCAGUGCGUUUCAUGCUAACUCUGCUACUACCUUCAUUAGAGUCCAUUUCCAAGACACAUCUGGAGUAAAAGGCCAGAAGGGCCCUCAGGCAGAGAGCUGUAAGAAUCUCUUUGGAUGUCCAUUUGUGUGUUUCACAGACGUGCUCUCAUCCUUGGCUUCUGGUCUUGUUCAGGACUGCAUAAAUUAAGACAUUUAUGUCUUCGAUAUCUAAGUGUGGAUCUUCUGUCUAUGACACAGCGGCCCUUAUAGUUUAUCCUGAAGACUCCUGUGUACGUAAGUUUGCAUUUCCCCCCUUCUGGUGAUGACUCAGGGUUGUAUAGUAUCUGUUAUCCCUUUCCUUCCAGAGUAACCAUAGCUCGUUCAGUCCCCAAACAGCCAUGGUGGCUCUAAUCAACUGUGUGUUGCUGUUUCCAGGGUUGUUAAUGUGGUGGCAGGCACCAACAGCCAUAUGUACGCUGUGAUCUGUAAGAUGUACAAUGCCAUCUGUCUGCAGAAGGCUAGUGUGGUUUUCGGUUUAUGUUUCUUACCGUCAUGGAAUUUAGUUGGACACUCAUUUCCACCCCAGCCUCCUCAAAUCAGAAGCCUUCAAAACAUGAGAGACACUCCUGCAUCUACCCUGAGCAUCCUCCAAAUUGUGGGGAAACAUCAGUGGGACAAGCGAGUUCUCUCUUCUGAAAUAUUCACCCUGUCGGAGGCUAACUGUUUCAUUGGCACCAACAGAGACAGAUGAAAAAUUUCUCAAAGCAUUUGUCAUUUCUGAGUCCCCUCCAGUAUCUCAUUCUUAAUCUCAAACCUGUGCAUGUGUGAUAUGAAAUGAUACUUAUCUAGCAGGAUUGGAGGAGAAAGGGGAAUCUUUAUGCCUGGGAAGCUCUUAGCACCGUGCCUGGCACAUGCAAAGUGCCUACGUGAAUAAAGACAGUUGUUAUGUUAUGAUACUUUAUCAGACCAGAAUUUUAAUAUUUAAAUAUUAAAUAUUAUAAGGACCACAAACAAGAGUAAAUAUUUUAUACAGUUUUAAUCUAAUAAUUAAUGUAUUUUAAAUACAUUAAUAUCCCUGAAAUAUUUGGGAGAACUAGCCAUCGGGUUUUUUCAGAGUAAUUCAGUCUGCUUUGGCGACAUGCUGCAGAAACCCUAAGCUAACGUAGACUAGCUUAACAGUUGUUUCCUCCUGCAUUUUGCUUUGGGUUCUUGGAAAAGGGAACAGAGUGGCAGGUUGAAAAGUUAUCCUGUUUCCUUUCUUCAUGGUAUGUUCUGUUUUGUAGGUAGUGUUUUCCUGUGAGUGGGCAGGUGCCAGAAAUAACUCUCCUGGAGCUUGAGAAUUCACUGAAUGGCUCCAUCUUUGGGGAUGUGUACCCGAUUUACAAUAUUCCCAGAAUGAUGAAAGCUGGUUGCAAUAAAUUUCAGUCAGUGGUAGAGAGGCUGAGGAAGGCAAUGGGUGAGAAGAUGUCCCAUCAACCUUGCGGUAGAAAGGAAGAAAGGGCUGACUAGACACUGAUGACAAAUGCACUUGAACACUGUAUUUUAUUCAUGGAUGUUGCACCUUUGCUGCCCCUAGACCCAACAAUGGAGGAAUGUAUACUGAAGGACCUUGAAUAGUCACCCCAGUUUCUAAUCUUAGGUAUACCAUUGAUUGUCUUUUAGAACAUUCUGCCUUUGCCCUUCCAUUGCAUUCCAGACCUGUCUUCCCCCAGCCAGGAUUUCCCCACAAAUUUGUCACGUCUUUGCAUGACAUGAAUUAAAAAGUCUCCCCAGAAUACAGAAAAGUGGUAUGUCAUCAAUCCAAAGAGGCUUUGUCUUCCUCCGGUGUCCUCAAAACGCAUGGGGCUGCCACUGUGAUAGAGAUCUCUAGGGGGAGUGCAAAUUACACGUGGAAGGAUUCCCUGGCCCCUAAAACCUUUUAAUAACAGCAUUAUUUCUGCUAUUAAUCCCAUGCUUCUCUGGAUAAGAAACUGAAAGUGUGGCUUUUGGAAGAACCAACAGUACUGUAGUGUGCUGGAAAAAAAUAUGCCUCCUUUUAUAUCCAUAGUUUCUCUAAAAGACAAUCAGAAUUGGAUAGUAUAUAAUAAAUACCUAAUUUUCCUCCUCCACUAAUGCACUGACUCUUAAUUGGGAUGAUCCCAAGCAUAAGAAAAUUGCCAUGGAUCAGAUGGUCAAUUUUUAAGUGACAGGCCAUGUUGUGGAGCUAUUCAGAGAUAAUCCACAUCCAGUCAGUUCUUUGGAAAAAGAAUAUCAGAAUAUAACACCCAACUGUAAAUGAUGCCUACAAUUUAGGAGGUGACAAGAAUGAAAUAGGAAGCCUUGAACUUAGGCAUUCAUCCCCAAGGGUUCUGUGAUCUUAGAUUUGUUGAUGCCAAGGAGCCAGAAUCUCUGAAUCCAACUUUGUGCCCAAGUUUCACCUGACUGCAGUCAGAGCUGGCAUCGUAAUGAUGUUUCAUUAGUUCUACGUGAUUUUCUGCACUUGAGAGGAGCCAACUGGUACACCUGCACGCAAAUGCUCAUGCUCCUGCCCACAUGUAACCAACUUAAAAUAUUCUGUGUUAGGAAGAGAGUCUUCUAAUCUAGGGCAUGAGUUCUGCUCUGGGAAACAUGUGCACAUCUGGAAAAGCGUGCUCCUUAUCCUCACACACUGGGGUUGUGAGGUCACUUCCCGUAGCAAUGCUCUGAGAAGGCA